AUGCUCAACGAGGACAGUGGCAGCGAUGGAGGGCUGCAGCUGACGGACAACGCUGUUCAACGCCUGCAGGAACUGCAGCGUGAAUCUCCAGAGGGGCCUCUGUUCCUCCGACUCACUGUGGAGGGGGGGGGAUGCUCUGGCUUCCAGUAUGAGUUCAGCUUGGGGUCCUCCUUGAAACCAGAGGACAGAAUUUUUGAGCGCAAUGGAGUCCAGGUUGUUAGCGACGACAUCUCCCUCGAUUUCCUGAAGGGCGCCGUGGUAGACUUUGAGACAGACCUCAUGCGAUCAGGGUUUGUGGUGGCUGGCAACCCCAAUGCUGCGUCCAGCUGCGGCUGUGGAUCGUCUUUUGUUGCCAAGUGA